AUGGCUGAGGCUGGCACGAUUGGAGGGUCGUCUCCCGCAAACAGUGCGUGGAGGGAUGACAGGAAAAUGGCAACUUUGCUGCCUCCGCGAAAGCUACCAGCAGAUUCUCGCUACGCGGAAUUGAUCAAUUCGCGGCAGAAAACACUUGGCAGUCUGGACUUGGCUGCACAGGUGCGGUUGCCGACAGGUUGCAGUGAAGAAGAAUGGUUGGCUUUUAACACAGUCGAUCUGUUCAAUGAGCUGAACCUUUUGGCCGGCGCAGUGAGUGACAUUUGCACCGAACAGACGUGCGCAACGAUGAGCGCUGGCAGUUAUGCCUGGCAGUGGGCAGAUGGUGACAAAGUCAAGACGCCCCAGCAGCUGUCAGCGCCAAAGUACACUGAGAAGUUGUUGGUGUGGGUGGAGUCCCAGCUGGCAGAUGAGACCUUCCUGCCUGUCCAGCCUGGGCAACCGUUCCCGCCGAACUUUAAGAAGGGGAUCAAGGUGAUCUACAAGCGCCUGUUCCGAAUCUACGCGCACGUUUUCCACAAUCAUUUCAAGGCAAUGGCUGAGUGUGACGCCGACGCGCAUCUGAACCAUUCCUUCAAACACUUCGUGUACUUCGUAAAAGAGUUUGACUUGGUAGAAGAUUCCGAGCUGGAGCCAAUGGCGGAAUUAAUCAACCUGUUGAUGCGCAAGCGGGCACAGGAGGCGCAUCAACAAGGUGUUCCUGAGACAGGAUAA